GUUUCAAUACAUUAUUGAGUUUACGCCUUGCUACGUCAUCAACGUGGUGUGGGGCGAGUGGGAAAGCGCAGACACGCCCGCUUAUCCGCCAUUUCUAAGCAUUUUCAAAGAGAGAACUGAUAUCAACAGGGGGAAGGAAAAAAAAAAAAACAUUAAGAACCUAUCAAGAAUUAUCCAGCUUUUAAAAUUAUAACCCAAGACCUGGCGGCGUAAAGCCGUGUUAAUGCGACGAGGAGCGUGAAGCAGAGGAUCGCUGCAGAAUUGAUUUCAAAGCGAAGACGUGUUGGAAUCGAAGGCCGCCAUUUUCACAGCAAAGUCUACUGGACAAAAAAAAGACUUUAAUAAAUCGCUUUCACGAAUUCAGGGGCUUUAAAUAUUCCACACUACAAACAUAAGUAUACGGAUCUUUUUAUAUGUAGAUUGCGGACAUGCCUGAUAUUUAACACAAUGAGGGGCGAUUUAUUUUAGUAAAACGACAAUCCGUUAGGUGUGUUGAGUGCUAAGAACUGAUUUAAAAAAAACACGAAAAAGUUAAACUAAUUGCAAUAUUCAUUAUAUGUAUUCGGUUUCUUAAUUAUUUUUUUAAAUGACUGUUUAUUGAAAGUGGAAAACAGCAUUAGGAUGCUUUAAAUAGGUCUAGUGGUGCAUAGACGUUUCUCGAGAAACGUUUAGCUAAAGAAAUCUAUUUUAAUUUCCUUGUAGUAAUCUGUUACGUUUGCACCCCGUUUGAUUUUAAAUUGUAAAGAUUUUGACGUGAAAUUCACCCUGGAUCCUUUUAAAGCAUAUGUGCUUCUUUUAAAGUAGCGGUUUAGAUUGAUCUAUUGUGUGUGUCUUCCAAAAAAAAAUCAAUAAUCAUGUCAUCAGCACGGUUCGAUUCCACGGAUCGGUCUAGUUGGUAUUUCGGACCCGUUUCCCGACAAGAAGCCCAGAACCGGUUACAGGGACAGAGACACGGCAUGUUCUUGGUCCGUGAUUCAUCUACAUGCCCCGGUGACUAUGUGCUGUCGGUGUCGGAAAACUCAAAAGUGUCUCACUAUAUCAUCAACUCGUUACCAAACAAAAGGUUUAAAAUAGGAGAUCAGGAGUUUGAACAUCUACCAGCGCUUUUGGAAUUCUACAAAAUACAUUAUUUGGACACAACAACACUUAUAGAGCCAGCAUCGAGGCACCCAAAUCCAGCCAUAGGAUCCAGUCCUGCACCUGUUCUGGGACCAGCAGAAGAAAACCUGGAGUAUGUUCGGACACUGUAUGAUUUCACUGGGAACGAUGCGGAAGAUCUUCCCUUUAAGAAAGGCGAGAUCCUGAUCAUCUUAGACAAGCCUGAGGAUCAGUGGUGGAGCGCCCGCACCAAGGAGGGCAGAGUCGGCAUGAUCCCUGUGCCGUACGUGGAAAAGCUUGUUCGACCGUCGCCGCACCAGUUCCACGGCAACAGAAAUUCAAACAGUUACGGCAUCCCUGAACCUGCACACGCGUACGCCCAGCCACAGACACCCUCCCCUCUCCCCCCUACCACCCCAGGGGCCGUCAUCAACCCCCUGCCCUCCACACAGAACGGACCUGUCCUGGCCAAAGCUAUCCAGAAACGAGUGCCGUGUGCUUACGACAAGACAGCCCUGGCACUAGAGGUCGGAGACAUUGUAAAGGUGACAAGGAUGAACAUUAGUGGCCAGUGGGAGGGUGAGGUGAAUGGCCGAAGAGGUCUGUUCCCCUUCACUCACGUUAAAAUAAUUGAUCCCCAGAACCCAGAAGAAAGCGAAUGAGUGUGUUUUUUUUUUUUUUUCUCUUCCCACUGUCACUGCUGCCACCAUUCGCCUGUCCUGUUAUCAACAUCAUGUUUGGUGCAUUGCUUCUGUGAGCUUCUCGGUCAAACGAGAAGUCUUCAACAUUUAGUCUGCUGCCAUAGAUGGGAUACUUCUGACUAUUCGGAACGCUGCCUAUAAACUGCCAUUAACCCCUUUCCCGUCUGAAUUCAAUAAUUAAAAUCAGGUUUAACAAAUAGUUUGAAUGUUUUAUGAGUUUAAUAUUGUUGUCGUUGUUGGCUACACAACUCCUGAGCCAUGGUGUUUGAUGUAUGUCUUCACUUUAAGUGACUACAGUUGUAGCUGCUGACUGAAGUCAAAUGUGUUUUUUCAACUUUGUGACAAUGACCGGAAGGGGUUCAUUUAAACGUUUUAAGGAAGAGAAAGAAAUGUAAUCACAGGUGAAAAAUGGUCUGACAGUGAAAUGAACUACUGUGCUAUAAAGGUCUAUCAUUCAGUUUUGUACCUUAAACGUAAGGAUAAGGCAGCUGCCUUUCUUGUAGAAUAAUGUAAAGUCAGCGUUGCUAUCUAUAAAAUGGUGUCUUUGGCACAGGCUGGAUAAGGUAAGCCUUACCUAUUUGAAGCAAGGCCGUCAUUCUUCAGCAGCAAAGACGACAACGAUUAUCAAGAUCACCCGAGAGAUGCUGUUAUUUAUAACAACAACAAAAAAUGCUUGCCUCCAAAGUUUUCAUGGAUGAAGCUUGCGUUAAUCUCAAAGAAGAGAGAAAGAGACUGAAAAGCUGCAUUUUACACUUGGGCUUGCGUGUAAAUUAGUGUCUAAAAGGUGUAAAAAUGUUAGCCUUUUGUGCCAUAAACUUCAUGCUCAAAUUGUAGCAACAGCCGAAAAGAUAUUUUGGAUGCAAUCGGACGGUUAUGAAACACAAUCAUGGAGGAUGUACUUUACAAGCACUGCAUUUGUGAGGCUAAGCUUUGAAAGGGAAACACUCUGCAGGCUCCUACAGUAUUUGUUUUUCUCAAUAUUCUUAUCUGUAGUGUGUGAGGGUAAAGACUGUCCCUUUGAAGAAACUUUCUUAACCUCUUUUUACCUAAGCUCUUUAAUUUCAUACAUGGUCAGUAGUUUAGGGCUUUGUAUCCAGAGUGAGUUAGUAAUUACUCCUUUAACAAUGUUACAUGAUUAAGAGUUUAUUGGUAUACCUAGAAAAUAACCCAGUGCUUUGAGUGGCUCAAUUCUCCUGCACCAAAUAGCAUUUACCACAAACCAGUUUACACAACCCUGUUGUAUUUUUCAGAAACUGUUUAUUGGAAAAGCACAGCUGCUCAUUUUUGUCAUUUGAAUAAUCACCUUUUUCAACCCCCCUUUCCCAAAAAAGGUUUGUUGGAGUGUUUCCCCUUUAAUGCUUUGUGCUGCUGGAUCUUCUCUUGCUUGCUUUGUUAUAGGCUGCUAGAAUACUGCAAUAGAGGCUGUCUGCAAAGAAACCACAUUGUUCAUGCUGCUGUCUAGUGGAUUAUCCCCAGCCGCAUUUAAAAAAAAAAAAAAUAAUUUUAGAAGAGGAAAACCAAUGUUAAAUUAGGUUAGUAAGGUUAGUUUGUAAUGAAAUCUGCGAUCAUCGUGCAUUUUACUUGUAGUGAAAUAAAUGCACAACACAAACUUGAGUAAGAAUUAAAAGGGACAAUGCCUGUCUGUGGCCUCUCUGCAUGAUAUCCUAACCUUAUUUUAAUUGUAUUGUUUUGUGUUAAGGGAAGGACAAACGCUGCUUUGUGUCGCUCUGGAAUGCCCAUGUUUCAUCCUGUGUAAUUCUAAUACAACCUCCGUUCAAACCCUGUGAUUGAACAAUAACUACUAGUAUUUAAAAAUUGCAUCUAAACUGUAAACGUCAUGAUCCGAUUAUUUUAGAAAGCGUUUGCUUUCAAAAAUGACAUGGGGUGGGGUGGUUAUGUCUAAGUUGUAUUCUUUUUGUUUGCCCGAUUAACAGUAUUACAGUACCUAUAAUCAUAAUUUAGGGUGCAUACAGAAUAUCCAUUUUUAACAAAUUAGUGCCUUUUAUUUUCUUACCAUUUACAGUUGUAACAGUACGUCACAUGGUUAACACCAAUGUUAUGUAAAUAAAAUUGACAUCAAGAUCCGUCA